AUGCUGGAUUCUAAUGCUUUAUUGAGAGCAAAGAGAGAUUAAUUAAGAGUAUAAAUAAGAAGAGACUAGUUGGAAAGUAUAUUUAAAUCAAAAAGAGUAAUUGAUAAUAAAGAAUAAUCUACUAAAUAUUGGGCUAUUCAUUAAGAAUUAAUACAUAAUAUUGAAAGAUAAUCAAAUAAACUUUUAUAAGAUAAAAAAUUAAUGAAUGAAUUAUUUGAGUCAAAUGAUAAAAUGGCUCUAGUAAUAUUAGCCAAUUCUUGUGCUUCUGAGUCAGAUUAAACAAUUUAUGCUUUAAUUAAUGAUUAUCAAAUACAUAUGUAUUUUAUGUAAAAACUAUAAUCAAAUGAAGAUGAAGAUAUAAGAUAUAGAUGUUAUUUAGGUUUGGCUAAUGUAUUAUAUUCUGAUUCAAAAAUAGCCAGAUCUAUUAAAAAAUAAUUAUUUUAAUCUAAUAUUCUUAAUGAAACUUAAAAAUCAUUAUCUAAUUUAUAAUAAGAUUAACUUGAACAUAUUAAUGCUGUAUUUAGAUUACUAUUUGGAUUAUUAGAUAAAUUAAAUGAUUGUGAAUUUCAUUAAAUAAUUAAGUAAUCACAAAUAGUAGAUAUUUGUAUAAAAGUAAUUGAAUUAAUGGAUGCUAGAUUAAGUUUAGCAGCAUUAGUUUUAAGAAAAGCAAGUGAAAUUUGUGAUGGUUUAUUAGAAUUAUUUGAUGAUGAUAAACUAAAGUAUUUAUUAAAAUAGACUGAAUAAUAAGAUGAUAAAUAAACUUGUUAAAUAAUAAGAUUAAUAGAUGAAUUAUUUAUGAGAUCUGAUGUUAAACUUAUCAUUUCUUGUUUAGAUAAUUUAAAUAUAGAUGAAGUAAUCAAAUCUGCUAUUACUUAAGAAGAUAGUUAUUCUUGUUAAGCUGCAUUAGACUUUAUUUAUCAUUUGGCACUUAAAAACAAUGAAACUACAUAAUCAUUUACAUUUUUAUUAUAUGAUGAUAUUAUUAAAUUACUUAGAACAACACAUUCUAAACGAUCCAUAGAUAUUUGUUUGAAAAUAAUAUCAGAAUUAAUUUAAGGUUAAAUUCUUAAAACAGAAAUUAAUGUAUUAAAUGAAAUAAUUUUUGAAAUAAGUGAAGAAAGAUACAAUUAUUUUGAUUAUUAGAAUUGUCAUUUAGCAUUGGAAGUUCUGAUGGAUAUAAAAGAACAUUAUGGAUUAGAAAUGACAAAUGAAAAAAGAAAGAAAUUAAAAUAAUGGAGGGGUAGCUAAUAUGAGUAACUUGAAGAAUUGAUCUCCUUAAUUUUAGAUGAAGCUUGA